AUGGAAGAAGACAUGAGCUGGAAAAAUCCAGCAAACUAUAGUCGGCCGGAGGAGGAGAUCCAAAUGCCAAUCAAUCUCGAAGAUGACCUUGAUGAAGACAUGCUAAACCGAGAGGGUAAAUAUUUCAAUUCAGAGGGAGUGGAAAUCUUAGAAAUCAUCAUCAAAGAAGACGAAGAAAACAUAGCAGCGUAUGAAGCAGCUACAGCAAACUCUGUGUUCGCUCGCAAACUCAACGAGAAGGAUCAGUGGACAUUAUUCCAUCAGCUGGUGGAAUCUAUCACAACUUUCUACCGAGGUUUAUACCUCAAGCAGCAUUUCAACACGAAAAUAGUGACGUCCGUUCGGUUCGCAUUUACCGAGAUGAAAUUCUACAGUUGCCUGUUGCUGAAGUCUACAGAUCUGUGCAUUUUCAUUCUCUUCCUGACGCUACUACCGCGGUUUAUGUCAUACCACUAUUACUAUCGAGGAAAACCCCGCCAGAUGCUGCUGAUGUCGUUUGUCAUCAUUUCUUCCGCUUGGGCAGGCUGCUCGCUGCUGCUACUCUGGUGUGACAUUAAAUUUCGCAAGCAGCAGGACAAGCUGCUCAUCUUCAGUAUUCUGUUUAAAACGUUCGGUUACUUUUGCGUAUAUUCGACCCGAUCCAGCUUCUGGACUGUAUCCGGAUGUGUGCUGAUAGGCGUUGGGCACGCUAUCAGUUGUUCUUACCAGGAUUUGGUGAUUAAGCGCAAGUUUAAUGCGCGCCAGUGGUGCCUAACCAAGAGUGCGCUCUGUCUUACCAGUGGUGUCCUGGUAGUGUUGUUGGCCGUUUUGGUCAAUGUAGCAUACGUUUACUGUAUGAUAGACAAUGUGGUGCUGUCGGUUCUGUUGGUGUACUGCUUUAGUGGGAGCCUCUGGCUCGUAUGCAAUUAUAAGAUUAUAUUUCGAUAG